UACCAAGAGUGGAUAUCAUUUGACAGUCUGUCAAAAUGUCGCGUCUUUAUAAUACGUUAGCUGCAAUUGUAGCUUUAAAAAUGGUUCUAUGUGCUUCGGAAAACUAUAGAGAUAACAAGACGCCAUCCAAGGCAGCUACAUUUCAUUUUCCUGAGUACGCGUACAAAGAAACAAGCAAAAAUGAAAUCAUUUAUCACGACUUCGAGCUGGCCUGUGGACAGAACUCACUGUGUGUCAAUGCGAAUCCAGCUAUGGUCUCCAAGCUGAACUGCUUGAGGCAAUGUAUAUCCCAUUCGUGCUAUCAAGACAUCUAUGCCUUUGAUGAGCUCGAGGAUGGCGAAAUUGAUGUCAGGAUGAACUCGUUUAAAGGCUGCGUUAUACAGCGCAUGUAGCAUAAGGCCCCCAUCCUGCAUCGAUUGUACUUCACAAACUACCUGCAGGAGUUACACUGGAAGAUCUCCCAGUAUAUUUUUAAAUGGACAUAAGCUAGUAUAAGUUUUAUAUGUAUGUGAAGCGUGGAUAGAUUCUAACUUAACUCCUAGUUAUUAAUUAAUUCUUCAAUAUGUACAACGCACAGAUUAGAAAUGGCCUCACGACAAAUAUCUGCUUAUGUAUCUAAACAGAAUCGGUCUAAAUAUAGUAAACUAUGUGACUGCCCUGUGUAUUUACAGACAUAACAUUUAGUGCUUUAGCUUGGUAAAACAGUAAUUGAUAAGAAUAUAUUUACUUUUGCAUAUGCCCCGACACGAUACAUGUUAAUCUAUUCUAUACACUUUAGUUAUUAAUUUGUAUUUAAUUUAGUGGCUACAGGGUAUACAGGUCA